GCCUAGAGCUGGAGAUAGCCCACACACACAGAGACCAAGUUAACAGGACACUGACUACAACACAAGUAUACCUCAGACUGAGUCCUCUCUUGGCCCAGGUUUGGCCAGUCCUCCCUCUCUCUGAGUAGAGGCAGUGGUGGUGGAGCACAGCUGAUGUUGAGGAGAGAGGCAGUGGUGGUGGAGCAUAGCUGAUGUUGAGGAGAGAGGCAGUGGUGGUGGAGCACAGCUGAUGUUGAAGAGAGAGGCAGCAUGUGUGAAGGCUGUUCUCUAACGGACUAUCUUCAGCUUUAUAGAGAGGCCAGGUCAAGCACCCCUGAGCCUUGGAUCUUUCCUCAUCUUAACCAGCAGUAUAACAGCCCGAUGGGACUAACUGCUCCUACUCCUCUAUGCCUCUGAGAUCCUCUGUGUUCUCCUCCACUUUUUUCACAGCCUGUGGCAGUAUUUGCUUUCCACAGAGAUGGACAGCUGCUCAGUCUAGACUUAUAAUCAUUGUUGGAUCUGUGGAUUGACUGUGAAGCCACAAAUUCAACUGACUUUAUCAAGAUUAAGGUCCUUGUUUUGGAGACAGGCCCGGAUCUGACACCAUAGAGACCUAGAGAUGUGAUGACCAGAGAAGUCGUCAAAACAGAAGAACUCAUAAUAUUGUUGGUGGAUGGUGUCAACCAAACAGAGGUCAAAAUGGAACCAAUUAGAAAAGACAUGGAGCUGCUAAGUAACAGCAUGGCGAGCUAUGCUCACAUCAAAGCCAACCCAGAGAGCUUGGCAUUGUACUUCAUGAUGGGUGUGUGUUUUGGCCUGCUCCUGGCCCUGUGCCUCCUGGUCACUGGCAUCGCCUGUAGCACACGUCGUGAUCGCACCAAGAACAAGAACACUCCCCACUCCCUAGAGAGGAGACAACUGAAGUCUAGUGAAGAAGAUGAGGAACAGGAGAAAGUGGAUGAAGGGGAGGAGGUUGAGAUCCCUAAAUUAACUACGGUGCCUAUGAGCAACCUCAGCAGCCAAUCAAAUGGUACUUUGAGGAGCGUGAACGUGUUUGCGUCGGCAGAUGAGCUGGAGAGGGCUAGGCAACUGGAGGAGAGGGAGCACAUCAUCAGAGAAAUCUGGAGAAACGGGCAGCCUGAUAUAAUGGCCACUGGGACAGGGACCAUCGGACGGGUACACUACCUCUAAAGGACCUAAAGUGACUCAAUGACCUACCAGACAGAGACUGUAGUGGACUUUACUGGGCAGGCACAGAUUCACCUUCAUCUUUUCAUUCAAUGUGUAUUUUCAACAUUUUUCAUUAAUGUAUGACUAUGGUAAAUGUGUUGCACAAUACAAUGUACGCUUUCAUGUUUAUACUUCAAUGAGUGUCCAUAUACAUUUUUUUUUUGGUAAUAAAAAGUAGAAUUUCAUGA